AUGAGUCCAGUCCAAGAGCUCAAACCAUUGAGUCUUAUCCAAGGGCUCACACCAAGGAGUCCCUCGUCCAAGGAGCUCACACCAGUGAGUCCCGUCCAAGGGCUCAUACCAGGAAGUCCCUCGUCCAAGGGCUCACACCAGUCUCAUCCAAGGAACCAGGAAGUCCCCUGUCCAGGGAGCUCACUCCAAUGGUCUAGUCCAAGAGCUCAAACCAGAAAGCUAAAGCACGCCUGCAUGUGCGGAAGGAAGUUCACUCACGAACGCCAUCUGAGGCAUCAUAAAAAGACAGAAUGCGGAAUCACUUUCCAGUGCGUCCACUGUAAACUAAAGCAUAUCUGUGGCUGUGGGAGAAAGUUCACGCACGGUUACCAUCUGAAGCACCACAAAAAGACGGAAUGCGGAAUAAUUUUCCAGUGUGAACACUGCCCAAAGAAUUUCAAGUACAAACAGUCUCUGAAACACGUAUGUGUUUGCGGGAGGAAGUUCACACACGAUUACCAUAUGAAACACCACAAGAAAUUCGAAUGCGGGAUCAUUUUCAAGUGCGACGACUGUAAGCUAAAGCACGUGUGCGUGUGUGGGAGGAAGUUCACGCAUGAUUACCAUCUGAAGCACCACAAGAAGACAGAAUGCGGAAUUGAUUUUAGAUGCUCGACCUGCGGCAAGUCGUUCAGGUCAAAACAAGGGCAGAAGAUCCACUCGGCGUCAGCUCACAGGAUGAAGAUCUUGCCUUGA